AUGGAUAAAUGGAGGAGCAUACAUUUAUCCAAGGAGGAAGAAGAAGGGGUUGUGGUGGAGGAUGACGAGAUAUGCGAAGUAGAAUCCUUUCAAAGAACACUGGCAGGUAAACUAUGGACGGAUAUCAGCUUCAAUGUUAGGGCCUUUAAGAGUACUAUGAUAAGCGCGUGGAAACUCAAGAAUCAGGUGGAGUCUCAAGAUCUGGGGAAGAAUAUGUUUUUGUUCAAGUUCGCCACAAAAAGGGAUUUGGAGUUUGUUCUCAAGAAUGGACCAUGGAGCUUCGACAGAUCGCUGUUGGUCCUUAAUCGCAUUUCUGGUGAAGAAGAACCUUCCGAUCUUAAUAUGCACUUUGCUUCCUUUUGGGUGAGAAUAUACGAACUCCCGCUGAACCUGAGAACAGAAGCUAUGGCAAGAAAGAUAGGUAACAUCUUGGGAAACUUUGAAGAGAUGGAUGCUAGAGAGGCCACUGAAAGAGAAACGCUGGUUAAAGUGAAAGAUAAAAACUUGCGAGUUCAUUUCAAAUAUGAACGACUGCCUACCUUUUGUUUUGUGUGCGGAAGAUUGGGUCAUCAAAUGAAGGACUGUGAAUCUCUAGACGACCUUACUGAGGAAGUAUUUGAGGAGCUGGAGGAACAGGAUCUUUCGUAUGGGCAAUGGCUUCGCGCGUCUCCCCUACCAAAGAUGAACGAAGACCAGAAAAAGGGAGACUCAAGUUCAGGAACCUGUAGCAAAAAUUUAUUCCAAGUCUCAUCAAGACAGAGUAGAUGUAACCAGAAAGUGACCAACAAAAGUGAUGAGGCGGAGGUGGAACAAGACAGAGAAGCGACGGAAGAAAGGGGGGAGGCUAGAGGAGGAGAUGGGAACCCAGAGAAAUCAAAACAUAAGGAGGUUGAUAUUGAAAAGAUGGCUGAAUCUCUAGGGGCAGUGGCGUUAUCUUUAGAAGGAAUUGGAGAUGGGAUUCAAAAAAGGACCCUAUGCUGCCAAAAAAGAAAUGGGUUAGGAGGAAGAACGUUAACACUGGAAAUAGUACUCAAGGGAGGAAGAAACUGGUGGAAAAUAGCAAGAGGCAAUUGA